UUCAUGCUUGGUUGCUUGAUCGUUGUUGUUGUGGUGGUUGGAAAUUUUUGCAAUAGAUUUUGAAAAUGAAGAUAGAAGAAGUUAAGAGUACUGCGAAAACGCAAAGAAUAUCAGCACACACCCACAUAAAAGGUUUGGGUUUAGACGAAAAUGGUGUUCCUAUUCAAAUGGCAGCCGGUCUCGUGGGCCAAGAGUCCGCCCGAGAAGCUGCUGGUAUAGUAGUAGAUAUGAUUAGAAGCAAAAAAAUGGCAGGGCGUGCCUUGUUGCUGGCUGGGCCACCUGGAACUGGCAAGACUGCCAUUGCUCUAGCCAUAGCGCAGGAACUUGGCAACAAAGUUCCAUUCUGUCCAAUGGUCGGCAGUGAAGUAUACAGUACCGAGAUAAAGAAAACAGAAGUGUUGAUGGAGAAUUUCCGCCGAGCCAUUGGACUACGUAUCCGAGAGACCAAAGAGGUUUACGAGGGUGAGGUCACUGAGCUAACACCUGUUGAAACUGAAAAUCCAGCAGGAGGUUAUGGAAAAACAGUUUCACAUGUUAUCAUCGGGCUCAAAACAGCUAAAGGAACAAAACAAUUGAAACUAGAUCCAACAAUAUAUGAAUCUCUACAGAAAGAGAAGGUGGAGGUUGGAGACGUAAUCUACAUUGAAGCCAAUUCUGGUGCAGUGAAACGCCAAGGCAGAAGUGACACAUUUGCCACCGAGUUUGAUUUAGAGGCGGAGGAAUAUGUGCCACUGCCAAAAGGAGAUGUUCACAAAAAGAAGGAGGUAGUGCAAGACGUAACGUUGCACGACUUGGACUGCGCAAACGCAAGACCGCAGGGUGGCCAUGACAUCAUGUCCAUGAUGGGGCAGCUGAUGAAGCCCAAGAAGACUGAAAUUACAGAUAAACUUAGGAAAGAAAUAAACAAAGUGGUCAACAAAUACAUUGAUCAAGGCAUUGCUGAAUUAGUUCCUGGAGUAUUAUUCAUUGAUGAGGUUCACAUGUUAGACAUUGAAACGUUCACAUACUUACAUCGCGCCCUAGAAUCUGCGAUUGCACCUAUUGUAAUAUUCGCUACCAAUAGAGGAAAAUGCCAAAUUAGAGGCACGGAAGACAUUAUAUCACCGCACGGAAUCCCUCUCGAUCUUUUAGAUAGGCUGCUAAUAAUUCGUACUUUGCCAUACAACAAAGCCGAACUUUUGCAGAUUUUAAAACUGCGUGCAGCUACAGAAGGAAUCGCCAUUGACGAGGAUGCCCUGGCUGCGCUCGCCGAAGUUGGUGCUAGCAGCACCCUUAGGUAUGCGGCCCAGCUGCUGACACCGGCAGCGCUGACGGCGCGCGCGGACGGCGCGUCACGCAUCGCGCCGGGACACAUAUCCGCGGUACACACGCUCUUCCUCGACGCCAAGUCUUCGGCGCGCAUCCUCACGCAGCAAUCCGACAAGUUCAUGAAGUAAUCCCAUUCGUUCAUUCGUUCGUUCGUUCAUUUUAAGCGGAGAGCUUAUUCUAAAAGAAUUCUCUUUAUCGAUGUGUAAAGCCUGGUCCGUGAGCACGUAGAAUUUUGUCCAAUGACCCCAAGCUACCCAUCCUUAUCGAUCGCGCGUAAUUAUAUUGCUAUCGA